GCAGGGCCCCGCCGGUGGCGCUGCGAGGAGGAGGAGCAGCAGCCGCACCGCCUCUCGGCGGCCGCCGCGGCCGACGACCGCUUCGACGGCCUCCCCGACCCUCUGCUCCUCCUCAUCUUCAACCGCAUCGGCGACGUCAAGGCGCUCGGCCGCUGCGCGCUCGUCUCCCGCCGCUUCCGCGCCCUCGUGCCCCUCGUCGACUCCGUGCUCGUCCGCGUCGACUGCGUCAUCCCCGACGACCCCGCCUCCUCCGGCUCCCCGUCCUCCUCCGCGCCGUCGUUCCCCACCGCCACCGCCUCCGCCCGCGCGCGCGGCGUCUUCUCGCAGAUCGCGCGCAUGCUCAUCGGCGGCAUCGUCAAGCCCAUCCAGGCGCUCGGCCAGAUCCUCUCCCACGCCGGCUCCGCCUCCGCCUCCCUCUCCUCCUUCCGCCGCUCCGCCUCCUCCUCGCUCUCGUCCUCCUCGGCGUCGGCGCCCCCCGGCGACGUCUCGCACCACUCGCCCUCCGAGGUGCUCCGCUCCUUCAAGGAGCUCCGCAGCCUCCGCAUCGAGCUCCCCGCCGGCGAGCUCGGCAUGGACGACGGCGUGCUGCUCAAGUGGAAGGCCGACUUCGGCUCCACGCUCGGCAGCUGCGUCAUCCUCGGCGCCGCCUCCGCCUCUGCCACCAAGGACGGCACUACGGCCGCACCUCCUCCUGCUGCUGCUGAUUGUGCCGAGUCUGACGAUUCAGGGAGCAUACCGGAGUCCUUCUACACCAACGGGGGGCUUAAGCUGCGGGUGCUGUGGACCAUCAGCUCGUUGAUUGCGGCGUCGGCCCGGCAUUACCUGCUGCAGCCCAUCAUUGCCGACCACGCGUUGCUGGAGAGCCUGGAUCUGACGGACGCCGAUGGGCAGGGCGUGCUCACCAUGGACAAGUGGCAGCUGCAGGAGCUACGGGUCAGGCCAGUAUCAGCAUCUGGUGACUCGCACCGCACGCUCAUGCCGGCCCUUAGCAUGCGGUUGUGGUAUGCGCCACACAUUGAGCUGCCUGGGGGCACGGUCUUGAAUGGAGCAACACUGGUGGCCAUCAAGCCGAGCGAAGAGGCAAUGAUGGACGCAGUUGGGAAUGCAACUGCUGGGUCGGCAGGUGGAUCCUGGGUUUCAGAUGCCUUCGAGGAGCCAUAUCGGACGGCCGUCGGUGUGCUUCUCAAGCGGAGGAUGUAUAGCCUUGAGAUGAACUCAUUCUAAGCUAUGGAGGGAAUGCCAUUCCAGAAGUUUCAUCUGUGAAAGGUUUAUUCUGUUCUCUCACGAGGUGCAACUUGAGCAAUGGAGUCGAAGUUCUCUGGCUGCCUAUUUUACUCCAGCCUGCACCUACCUGAGAGACUCGGACAAGUAGUUAGUAAUGUGUGAACGAGGAGAAAAGCUGUGUGCAUCCUUCGGGCCCGUUCGGAACCUCUCAACUCGUCGAUGUUGGAGCUGCUAGACAAGUCAUCGUUGAGCCUGCUGGCGGCCGUCCCUCCAAGGAAGCCCUUGCCUACGUCGGAUGUGGCGGCAUUACGGGUGGAUCUUCGUUGUAUGUAUGGAUCCUCGCGAAGCUGGUGCUAACACCAUGUCGAUUUCUCGCUUCGGAUUGUAGCUCUUUUUGGGAAGGAAGUUUGCAGCGUUCUGUAGCAUGAGAUGUACAUGAGUAUCUGCAGGUUCGUUUCUAGUCUGAACUUGCAGACCUUUCGUAAAUGUUCACUUGGAAACAAGGGCUAAUGUAGUGGUACAAUGCUGUGUGUUGAGUGCUGAAGCAUUUCUAUGUCGAUGCUGCUGCUGAGAGCAUGUCUUAUUCGCAGUUGGUAUUUCGGCCUUGACUUUA